ACAAGCCCAACUACCAGUCCAACAACAUCUCCAACUCCUUCGCCAACUACCAGUCCAGCAACAAGUCCUACAACAUCUCCGACUACAAGUCCAACAACAAGUCCAACAACAUCUCCGACUACAAGCCCAACUACCAGUCCAACAACAUCUCCAACUACAAGUCCAACUACUUCGCCAACUACCAGUCCAACAACAAGCCCUACAACAUCUCCGACUGUAAGUCCAACUACCAGUCCUACAACAUCUCCAACUACAAGUCCAACUACCAGUCCAACAACAUCUCCGACAACAAGUCCAACUACUUCGCCAACUACCAGUCCAACAACAAGUACUAUAACAUCUCCGACUACAAGUCCAACUGCCACUACCAGUCCAACGACAUCUCCAACUACAAGUCCAACUACUUCGCCAACUACUAGUCCAGCAACAAGCCCUACAACAUCUCCAACUAUAAGUCCAACUACCAGUCCUACAACAUCUCCAACUACAAGUCCAACAACAUCUCCGACAACAAGUCCAACUACUUCGCCAACUACCAGUCCAACAACAAGUCCUAUAACAUCUCCGACUACAAGUCCAACUACCAGUCCUACAACAUCUCCGACUACCAGUCGAACUACCAGUCCAACAACAUCUCCGACUACAAGUCCAACUACUUCGCCAACUACCAGUCCAACAACAAGUCCUACGACAUCUCCGACUAUAAGUCCAACUACCAGUCCUACAACAUCUCCAACUACAAGUCCAACAACAUCUCCGACAACAAGUCCAACUACGUCGCCAACUACCAGUCCAACAACAUCUCCAACUAUAAGUCCAACUACCAGUCCAACAACAUCUCCGACUACAAGUCCAACUACUUCGCCAACUACCAGUCCAACAACAAGUCCUACAACAUCUCCAACCACAAGUCCAACUACUUCGCCAACUACCAGUCCAACAACAAGUCCUACAACAUCGCCAACUACUAGUCCAACAACAAGUCCUACAACAUCUCCGACUACAAGCCCAACUACCAGUCCAACAACAUCUCCAACUCCUUCGCCAACUACCAGUCCAGCAACAAGUCCUACAACAUCUCCGACUACAAGUCCAACAACAAGUCCAACAACAUCUCCGACUACAAGCCCAACUACCAGUCCAACAACAUCUCCAACUACAAGUCCAACUACUUCGCCAACUACCAGUCCAACAACAAGCCCUACAACAUCUCCGACUGUAAGUCCAACUACCAGUCCUACAACAUCUCCAACUACAAGUCCAACUACCAGUCCAACAACAUCUCCGACAACAAGUCCAACUACUUCGCCAACUACCAGUCCAACAACAAGUACUAUAACAUCUCCGACUACAAGUCCAACUACCAGUCCUAUAACAUCUCCGACUACAAGUCCAACUACCAGUCCAACAACAUCUCCGACUACAAGCCAAACUACUAGCCCAACAACAUCCCCGACUACAAGUCCAACUACCAGUCCAACAACAAGUCCUACAACAUCGCCAACUACUAGUCCAACAACAAGUCCCACAACAUCUCCGACUACAAGUCCAACUACUAGUCCUACAACAGCACCGACUACAAGUCCAACUCCUUCGCCGACUACAACUCCAACAACAAGUCCUACAACAUCUCCGACACCAAGUCCAACUACCAGUCCAAUAACAUCUCCAACUCCUUCGCCAACUACUUCUCCAACUACUCCGCCAACUACCAGUCCAACAACAAGUCCUACGACAUCUCCGACUAUAAGUCCAACUACCAGUCCUACAACAUCUCCAACUAUAAGUCCAACAACAUCUCCGACAACAAGUCCAACUACGUCGCCAACUACCAGUCCAACAACAUCUCCAACUAUAAGUCCAACUACCAGUCCAACAACAUCUCCGACUACAAGUCCAACUACUUCGCCAACUACCAGUCCAACAACAAGUCCAACUACUCCGCCAACUACCAGUCCAACAACAAGUCCUACGACAUCUCCGACUAUAAGUCCAACUACCAGUCCUACAACAUCUCCAACUACAAGUCCAACAACAUCUCCGACAACAAGUCCAACUACGUCGCCAACUACCAGUCCAACAACAUCUCCAACUAUAAGUCCAACUACCAGUCCAACAACAUCUCCGACUACAAGUCCAACUACUUCGCCAACUACCAGUCCAACAACAAGUCCUACAACAUCUCCAACCACAAGUCCAACUACUUCGCCAACUACCAGUCCAACAACAAGUCCUACAACAUCGCCAACUACUAGUCCAACAACAAGUCCUACAACAUCUCCGACUACAAGCCCAACUACCAGUCCAACAACAUCUCCAACUCCUUCGCCAACUACCAGUCCAGCAACAAGUCCUACAACAUCUCCGACUACAAGUCCAACAACAAGUCCAACAACAUCUCCGACUACAAGCCCAACUACCAGUCCAACAACAUCUCCAACUACAAGUCCAACUACUUCGCCAACUACCAGUCCAACAACAAGCCCUACAACAUCUCCGACUGUAAGUCCAACAACAAGUCCAACAACAUCUCCGACUACAAGCCCAACUACCAGUCCAACAACCUCUCCGACAACAAGUCCAACUACUUCGCCAACUACCAGUCCAACAACACGUACUAUAACAUCUCCGACUACAAGUCCAACUACCAGUCCUAUAACAUCUCCGACUACAAGUCCAACUACCAGUCCAACAACAUCUCCGACUACAAGCCAAACUACUAGCCCAACAACAUCCCCGACUACAAGUCCAACUACCAGUCCAACAACAAGUCCUACAACAUCGCCAACUACUAGUCCAACAACAAGUCCCACAACAUCUCCGACUACAAGUCCAACUACUAGUCCUACAACAUCACCGACUACAAGUCCAACUCCUUCGCCGACUACAAGUCCAACAACAAGUCCUACAACAUCUCCGACACCAAGUCCAACUACCAGUCCAAUAACAUCUCCAACUCCUUCGCCAACUACUUCGCCAACUACCAGUCCAGUAACAAGUCCUACAACAUCUCCGACUACAAGUCCAACAACAAGUCCAACAACA